AUAGUUAGUUAGUAAAAAUGUCCAGAGUUGGUCCUGUUGGCCCUGGGCAAGGCCUCAGUAAAUCAUUAACAUCAGUAGCUCCGCAUUUGGUACGCUCUACAGUCGCUACUCCAUACACUAAAGGCGGCAAGCUAGUUGUUGGGACCCCUCCAAUUCUCCCGCGAAAUGUAUCUAGAGGAACAUCGGACAAAAUGGUUCACAACUUAUUAGGAUCUCAAAUGGCCUCUCUGGGGCAUAACCAGUCUUCGUGUUUUGGUUCUACAACAACAUUUAACGAGAGCGCAAGUAGUAAUCAGUCCAACAGUAACGGUUUCAUUCGCCUCAAGUUCAAUGAAGGUCAAACUAUUUGCGGAGUUCCAUGUCAAUCAUUAGAAUGCGUAGUCAACGUCAAAGGGAAAGAAAAUGGUGUGAGUGUCAUCUCUCGGGCUGCUCAAGUCAGACAGUUUGGAGAAUUCGUUGAUACCCAUGUAGUGAGUGGGAGAUGCCUGGAGAUCUUUGUCCGCAACAGACUCACCGGAUCUCUAGUAGGGGGUGCUGUGAAUAUCACUCAGGAGACUUUGGCUUCAAAAUGUCUGUCUGCACCCAAGAAGAAGAAAGAGUUUCCGCUUAUGUUGGACAAAGGUGGUGAACUCCGAGUUACAGUGAAGUACUUCAGCGAAAAAGAAGAAAAGAGUUCAAGUUCUGCUAGACGAAAGUCGAGACAAACUGAAACGAACGCAAACACAGGUAUACUUCCGUCGCCAAAUAGCACUUCAGGAGUCACUGUGGUUGACCAGUUUCACAACCCACAACAAUGGAGUCGAAAACAAACUAGUCAACUGCAGUUCAGAGAACUGGAUGGCGGUAAUGGUCUCAGCCAGUCUCUGAAUUUAACCUCAACUGGCAGUACUCCCGGGGGGUCAAUAUCUGGCUCACCUCAUCACAACAGAUCCAAUCUUAGCAGUAGUAGACAACAACACCAGCAGAUGAUGUCCAAUAGUGGAAGUUUCCCUAAGUCAGCAACUAUUACAUCACAGGAUUUCUUCAUGGACAAUCUCAGUAGCAAUAGUCUAGAGUGCAGUAGCAACAAUAGCCCCACCCUUCAAUCAAGCCACGCCCCUAAUCAGAAGUGUUCAUCAAAGCAGACGACUAGUACUCAAUCAAACAACUCAAACUCACCUUUACUGCUAUCCCAGUUCAGAACAAUCAGCCAAUCACAGCACAGUAGCUCCAAAGACCAAUCAGUGUCGCCCUCUCAUUUGUCGAAUAGCUACACUAAUCAUGGCACGCCUCUACAAUCAGGAAAUAUAUUCAUGAACAGUAGUUGUAAUAGCAGUAAUACAAAUACAAUCAGUAGUUUAGCGGCCAAUGAAGUUAUUCAGUCGAGGCGGUUUGCGUUCAAAGAGAAGAAAAUGCACAGCGUGAACGGACAUGAGUUCGUCUCGCAUUUCUUCAAGAAUCUAACAUUCUGCAGUUUCUGCUCAGACUUUUUAUGGGGUCUGUUGAGUCAUCAGGGCUACAGGUGUGUGCAGUGUACUCUGGUCGUGCAUAAAAAGUGUCACUUCAAAGUACUCACACAAUGUCCAGGCAGUUUACACAACACGCCCACUGCACAGGCACUGGUGGAGCGGUUCCACAUCAACGUGCCACAUCAGUUCACAUCCACCUCCAAGUCAUCACAACUGCUCCUCUCUCUCCAGUUCUGUGAACAUUGCGGCCAGAUGAUAUUCCCAGUGUGCCACAGUGCAGUAAAGUGUGGAGUGUGUGGGUUUGUGUGUCACAAGAAGUGUGCUGCCUUCACUGCCAACAUCUGUGGAGUGGACCAGAAGAGCAUCGCACGUGCACUCCAGGCCAUAGACACCGACAAACAGGAGAAACUAGAGCGUGCCUUACGGAAUGAAUCGGACGGCGGUGGUGACAAUUACUCCACCUCCGACUACUCGGAGUUCCACCCGAACUAUGUCGGUCUAUAUUCCACCAUUCCCGCGCUGAUGCCAAACAAUCAAUCCCCGCACCCCUACUCUAUGUCAUCCAACGACCCAACACAAUCAAUCUCACCCCACUUUACGGGUGCGGGACACAGUCUUAAUUUAUGGUACAAUAUGGGUCUAACGCCUGUACCAGGUAGACACACUGACUCGGGUUUUGGUUCGGAUAACACGAGUUAUGUGCCUAUGGACCCGCCGUUGCUAACGCCUCCGAAUCGCAAUCUUAACUCAUCCGAAUCGCCGUACGAAGACAUGUAUGCGCCGCCAUCGUGUUGCUCGUCGGGUUCGGCUAGUAAUUCGCCCGAUUUGAAUUCACUCUCGCCGAAGAAGAAACAAAGCUUAGGUUCAGUUUACGAGCAAAUGUGGCUGACGACAGCGGGAAAACCGGUAUUUGUGAACAAAAACAUCAAAAUACCAGACAGUUUUACGAAUGAUAACAAGAUAUGCUAUGAUGAAAAUGUGAAUAUUACAACUGAUCAGACGACUGGAGGAAACAGCGGGCUAAGUUUGAAUUGUUUUCACAUGCGUACUUUGAUUGGCCGAGGCAGUUUCGGGAAGGUGGUUUUGUGUGAACACACUGAAAGCGGAGAACCAGUGGCGAUUAAGAUUCUGAAGAAACAUAGUGUGUUGAUGGACGAUGAUAAAGAUGCAGUGUUUCUGGAGCGAGAUGUGUUGCAUUUAACAGCCUAUCAUCCGUUCUUUACUCAUUUGAUUGCGACAUUUCAAUCAGAGACGUGUCUGUUCUUCGUGAUGGAGUACAUCCAAGGAGGCGACAUGAUGUUCCACAUGGCACAGAACAGGAAGCUAGCAGAGCCAGUGGCCAGAUUCCUCUCUGCCGAAGUGGUGCUAGCUCUCCAGUUCCUCCACCAGCACAAUGUCAUCUACAGAGACCUCAAGCUCGACAAUGUACUCAUCGAUAGUCAAGGCCAUGUGCGUCUAACUGACUUCGGCAUGUGUCGCAAGCUGAAACACAGCGAGGACUUCGCCACCACUCUCUGUGGCACCCCAGACUACAUGGCCCCAGAGAUCGUAGCCACUCGUGCUCCUAGAUACACCACUAGUGUAGAUUGGUGGGCUUUGGGAGUGCUGUUGUUUGAGAUGGUCUGUGGAAAUACUCCGUUCAGGGCUCCGAACAACAAUGACAAAACACGCCACGAGAUGAUAAUCAACGGGAAAGUGUCUCACUACCCUCAUCACAUGAGUGCCCACUGCAAAAGCGCCAUCAAGGGGUUCCUCACAGUGAGUGUGUUGGAGAGACUAGGCUGUAGUGGGGACCCGAAAGUGCACCCCUUUUUCACUCAGAUUGAUUUCGAGAUGUUGGAGAGGAAACAAGUGCAGCCGCCUCAUAAAUUCCACUUACAGAGCAAUAGUGCUGGUGGUAAGUUUGACACGUGUAACUUUGAAGACCAGUUCACACGGGAGAAAGUGAGUGUGACUCCUGUGAACGAAGAGGACGUACCAGAUGAACAACACCAGAAACUGUUCAGAAACUUCUCUUUUCUAUACUCAACCUCCUAACUAAACAAACUAAACCAUUUCAGUUUCGGCUCUUUUCCAGUUUUCCUAAGGAAUCGAAAAACGUCAGAGAAGUUUGUUCAAAAAUGUUCAUUUUUUUCACACUGACUUGUUUUUGUACGGCUUAUAACAGCAAAAACUUUAUCACAUAGCAUUUAGGAAAUUGUAUUUUCACAAAAAUGGAUCGGGCUGGAAAAGAGCAGCAGUUUCAGGUAAAAUUUGAAAAUCGCGGACGAAAUAUGCUGUGGAAUCUUAAUUAUUAUCUAACUGGUAGACUAUGAGAAUCUCUUAUGGCCGAAGGCACGAUUGUCCAAAAUUUAUGUUAAGCAAUCAGAUUUCAGAAAUGAAAAAUCUGAAAGUAAGCUUGAAAAAAAAUCUGUCAGAUUUGGAUUGUUCGAAAGAAGUUGAGUAGUUGAAAUCUUUUAGGCACGAUAAUAAUUCUUUUCAAGACUCGAUUCAGUGACUGAUUGGUCCGCGGUUGUAGAUUUUUCCGUAGGGCAUUUUGAAAACAAAGCGAUCAAGCUAUUGCAAUAUUUUUAUUCAAACAAAAAUAACGAAUGAUUUCGUGGGGCUCUUCAUUUCUUGGGUCUCUUGUUGCUUUGAAAAAAGUUUUUUCCAAACUAAGUUCAAAACUGAUAUCUGUUUUAGAAUUGAAAAUGCCUCUAAAUUGAUCUAUUCUCAUUAAGUUCCUGUCUUCCAAUGAUUAAUAACGAAUGUAAACCUAUUAAUGUAUGCUAUUUAUGAUUGCUAUUUAUUGUAACUUAAUUGUUUAAUUUGCAUGAUUGUUCAAUGAUUAGUUCAAUGGAACAGGAGACAUACUGCGUGCUAUUACUAGUUUUAGAGCUGAACUGAUUCAAUAGAAUAUUUAAAACGAAAACUGUCUCAAAUUCAUAAUAAACUUUUGCUGUCACAAUCAAACAUGAAAUUUUGAAAAAUUUUAGUCCGAUUUUUUUUCAAUAGCAACGAGCAGUUUUUCAGAGUUUAAUUUUCUAUAUUGAUCACCUUAAAAAACGACUUCUGAAUUGAUAUCAUCAUACAACUGUUGUUUAAUAUUAUCAACUGGUCCUCACCUAUCUUGCCUUAGAAUGUGUCUAAACCAACUCAGUUCCGAAUUUGAGAACGCCGAAUAUCCCUAUCAACUUUGGCCAAUAUAUGAGUUUGCCUGCGAAAAAUAUAUCGUCACGAUUUUAUAAUUAACAUUAAGUUUUUUUCAGAAUUGAAUUUAUUGAAAAACAGAAUUUAUUGAAUUCGGAGCUGAAAUCGAUAUCCGUUUUAUCCUUUUUUGCCU